AUGGUUCGAGGAGCCCCAGUCGGUGCUUCUCAGGGUCCGCGAAAAGCGAAAAGGUCCAAAGGAAACCCACCUCCGGCAUCUUUAGAUGCACCACAAAGCGCACAAGAUAUUACACUGCCGCCUCGGCGGACCGUCAUAGUGCCUGAAAAAGAGCAGAGUCUCCCGAAUGAAUCCACGUUAACAGAAAAUCCUACAUGGGACUUCCUAGACAUAGCCUUGGAUGACGGAGUACAGACAGGCGUAUCCCCAGGGGCCAGCUUGUCAUGUAAUUUCCCCGUGUCCUCGCCGUCAUCAGAAAGAGACAAUAUUCAAAAUCCCUGGCAGAUCCCGCAAACUGGUCUCGAAGAUCAAAUGGACAAGAAUUUGGAUGUUGGGAUGUUGGACUCGCUGUUUUGGCUAGACAACCCAAAAAGUCCCCUACAGGUUCCCAGCCCAGGGGGUACAAUACCCGCUAUCACUCACGAUAAUAUUCUACAUGAACCCAGAAGUCCGACGAGGGUAGGGAAUCUUUUGAGAGGUGAGGCUAAUAAUGGCACUCAAAAUUGCAACGACCUGAUCACCACCGACAUGGACCGAGCUUUGAACACAACACGACCCAGCGACUCCGACGCCUUCGAACAAUAUCUCCUCAAGCAUUUUAUCGAUAUUCUUGCUCCGUCUUUCUACCCAUUUGAUUCCAAGCGAAAUCCCUAUACGGCCGUCUAUGUUCCACUGGCCGGUCACUCAUCUGCCUUGCGCCAUGGAAUUCUUGUGGCCUCAGCUAAUCACUUGGUCUCGUUGGGUCAAUUUCCUCCUUGGGCUAUGGAGCACUAUCGCUCGGCGCUGAAAGAUUCUUUGCGCAAAAGAUCUGAUUGUGCUGAUGCGAAUUGUAUGAUGGCCGCCACUCUGCUCCUGUCUAUCGCAGCUGAGGUUAUCGGGUCUGGAAUAGGUACAUGGAGCGUGAAGCUGGAGAAUGCCCGAAGGCUUCUUUUUAAUGGCAAUCACGGCAGCCAAGGACCCAAAGAAAGAUUCCUUCAACUGCACUAUACCUGGAUGGCCGUCAUUGGUCGAACUCUCUGGGCCCCAGUCUUGCCCAUGAUGCCCCUUACCGACCAUCAGCUUUUAAAUGACAACCACGAGUCGGAGAUAGAGCUCUCUACGGAGCAGGAGCAAUGGUUCGGGAAUUUACCAGACUACUCCAUGCUUGUGUUUAUGCGCACCGCGACAGAAUUUGCCCAAAAGGUCCGGCAAAUCCAAAUACAAGCAGACCCAGUCCAAACAAUGCAGCAAAUGCUGCCGGAAAUAGCCGACCUGAUUAUCUCAGUCCGAAUGUGGCAGCCAAAAGCCUCAUCCGUAAUGGAGCCGUAUACAAAAGCAGCCCUUGACGUGUGCGAAAUUUGGAGACAGGGCCUGCUCUGUUACAUUUACACCGAUAUAUGCGCCCUUUCGUCAAGUAAUAAUAGACUCGGACGAUGUGUUGCAGCUGCAAUCCCGGCCAUCCAGAGACUUGCGUGGAUGCAGUGCGUUCUUUGGCCGGUUUUUAUGAUUGGGCUACAUGCGAACAAUCAGGAGGAUCAGUCUACGAUCGAAGGCAGUUUGCAGAAAAUGAACUUUGAGCAUCGUUUUAAAACGCCUUUAUCUUUGAUUAAUAUCCUUCGGAAGGUCUGGAACUCACAUGGCUCUUCUAUCAAAUGGAGGGAUAUCGUGUCUGAGUGUGGGUUGGAGUUGAAUAUUCUGUUAUGA